CUUGCGCAUCGUUUUUCUGAAGUUGUUUACUAAUGUCUGAUAGAAUAUGGCGGCGCACGUGAGCUGAAAGGGUAAAUGUGUUGCCCAAGAGCGUAUGUAAAAGGACAUUAUUAUAAUUAAUCAGAAUGGUUUUAAAAAACAUUUUUCGAACCACAUCGUUGUGUUUGCGGACAUGGAGUGUGUUUUCAAGCGUGAAGCAGGCCAGUACUGCGUCGUCCGUACUUAAACAGGUUCAAUGCAGUUCUUAUAUGAACUGGACGUUAGCACGAAACUAUAAAGGCGAUGAAGCCUUUCCAAACCAACAAGUGAGACAGUAUGCUCGGGCAGUUAGAAAGAAACAAGAAUUCCCAAGUCAGCUCCAGGACCUGCCUCCAUCUAUGCUAAAGCUUGAAUACGCAUCCGUCCCGCUUGCACAUACGGUUGACGAUGUGGUGAAGAAACUGCUCACCCUGGAGUUUGCAAAUCAUAGUGAAAAACUGCGAAUGAAAGAGGAAGAGCUUAUUACAAAGGUCCAGAGAGAUGAGAAAGACCGCACCUCAACAGAAGUUAAGGUGGCGAUUUUGACAGCACGAAUUCGCAACUUCCAGGAGCACUUACACAAACACCCCAAGGAUAAAGCUAACAAAAGAUGGAUGCUUAUGAGCAUUGACAGCCGGAAGAAAAAGCUCAAGUUUCUGAGAAGGACCCGCUAUGAUGCGUUUGAGAAAGUGUGUAAAGAACUAGAUAUCACAUACACGUUCCCCCCUGAAUACUACCGACGGGUCACCCGACGCUGGCUGGCCAAAAAGGCCUUUUGCAUUAAGGUCUUUAAGGAAGUACAGAAACAAAAAGCUGAGCAGCAAGCAAAAGAGAGAGCAGCUGUAGCUCAAAGAGAAGAGACAACAUCCUCCACAGAGUCCUCAAAACCAAAAGAAACUUCAGUGUAAACAAGUUCAUACAGCCAAGAAAGAAAACUAUGUUAUUGAUAGUGUGAGGAGAUGCUUGUAUAUCUGUAUGGCAAUCGAACACAUCCCAUUGUCAUCCAGAUGUUCCCUUUUGAUUCAUAUGUGUGUUACAGAUGAAAAAUAAAUGUGAAAAAAUGAAUAAUA